CGCUCUCCUGUCCCCGGCCACGCCAUGAGAGCAGCGCUGGGUUGCAUCACCCUCGCUCUAUGUGCGCUGCAGCUGCCCCACGGCCGGGCCCUGCCCCACGGCAGAGCUCCCAAGUACAGGGAACCCCCGGAUCGGAGACUCCCCCCAGCCAUUCUGCGCCCACCCCAUCGGCACCCACCGCUGCCCCAUAGAUCCCCCCCAAGGCUCCAACCCACCCGGCUCAAACACCUCAUCAACCCACGUCCCCAACCAGCCCUAUGGCACGGCCCCCCACGGCACAGACACCGACCACCCUCCCCAAAGGGCCAAAGGGGUCGACGUCACAUCGGGGUUCGGCUGCGCCACGUUCAGCCCAUGCGGGUGGGCUGCGUGCUGGGAACCUGCCAGGUGCAGAACCUCAGCCACCGCCUAUGGCAGCUGAUGGGCCGCCCCGGCCGCCAGGACUCAUCCCCCAUGAACCCCAACAGCCCCCACAGUUAUGGGUGAGGGUCUCCCCUCUCCACCCCCCCCCCCGAGGACUCUAUGGGUCGGGUAGGAGUUGACACUUAAAGCACUUCCAGCA